ACCGGUGGCCGCUCGCAGUGCAGUGCAUCGUUGACCUACGUUAACAUCGUCCCAACGGUUAGAAUUAAUUUGAAUUGAUUGGCGUGGACGACGCGAGUGCGCGCUACCUGACGAACGUCGUCGACGUUGUUGGCGCAAUUGGAACCAGUGCGAUUAGUGGGCUCAAUCGAAUCGGUGCCGGAACAGCGCGGGCCACUGACUGACUGACUGCAGAACGUGUGAAACAAGAUGGCGCUGGUGCUGAAGGCUCUGUACCAUGGGUACGAUCGGUACCUCUACGAUGCCCAAGAUCCUCGCCAUGCUGACCACUUUCUAAUGAAUCCCCCAUGGCUUCCAGUUGCAAUCAUUGGUGGCUAUUUGUAUUUUGUACUGAAUUUGGGGCCCAAAUUUAUGGCCAACCGAAAACCGUACGAUUUGAAAUUGCUGAUGCAAGUCUACAACAUUCUGCAGGUGCUGGCAAACAUUUAUCUUUUCAUUGAGGGAAUUAGAAUUUUAUACAGUAAUAAUAUUUCGUUCACAUGCCAACCGGUGGACUACUCAAACAAUCCAAUAGCGCUACGAGAGCUUCGACUGGUGUACCUGUACUACUUGCUGAAAGUGACGGAUCUAUUAGACACGGCCUUCUUUGUGCUGCGCAAAAAGCAAAGUCACGUCACGUUUCUGCACGUAUACCACCAUUCCGGCAUAAUGCUCGGAGCGUUCGUCUACAAUCGAUUCUUCCCGGGAGGACACUUCUCGAUGCUGGGUCUGUGCAAUACGCUGGUCCACGCGGUGAUGUACUUCUACUUCUUCCUGACGGUGUCUCGGCCGGAACUGACCAAGAAUGCCAACUGGAAGAAGUACAUCACCCUGAUGCAAAUGAUUCAGUUUGCCUAUCUGGUGCUGCACUUUGCGACGCCGAUCGUCCUGGGGCUAGACUGUGGCAUUCCGAAGUUCUGGCUGUGGUUGCCGCUGAUCCAGAACGUGUUCAUGAUGGUGCUGUUUUGGGAUUUCUACACCAAGGCGUACGGGCGGCGGAAGGUUAAGAAAACUGAGUGAAGAAAAUGUAGUGUUUUGAAAUCGUUUGUUGAAAAGAUUAUAUUUAAAAUUAUUUUAAUUUGA